AUGUCGAAACUCAAGGUCGCCGUCUCGCAGUCCCACACCCAGCAGUCUCUGCAGGAGACAGUCGAUGCCCUGGAACGCACUGCCCGCACUGCAGCCUCCCGCGGAGUGCACAUCCUGCUUUUCCCUGAGGGCUAUCUUGGCGGAUAUCCCCGCACCGCCACCUUCGGCACCCGCUUUGGCUUUCGCGAAGCCCACGGCCGCGACCAGUAUUUGCAGUAUUUCAAUGGCGCAGUCGAUCUAGGGGAUACCCCGACGGGCGCGGGCGACGACUGGGUCGAAAAGAAACUUCCCGUCGCGAAAGGGAAGGCGUACCGUGGCGACGGGACAAGGGAGAAACUCGAGAAGCUCGCGAACGAAACCGGCAUUCUGAUUGUUGUCGGAGUCAUUGAGCGUGCGGGGGGCAGUUUGUAUUGUUCUGCACUAUAUGUCGAUCCCCAGCGGGGAAUCCUGGGCAAAAGGAGGAAGGUGAUGCCGACCGGCUCGGAACGCCUUGUUUGGGCUCAGGGGUCUCCCUCGACGCUCAAGGCUGUUACGACCGAAAUCAAUGGCAUCCAAUUGACUCUCGCGGCGGCCAUCUGCUGGGAGAACUACAUGCCCAUGCUCCGUCAAAGCCUGUACUCGCAGAACGUCAAUCUCUACCUCGCGCCGACUGUCGACUGUCGCGAGACCUGGCUUCCACUUAUGCGCACGGUUGCUGCGGAGGGAAGAGCUGUGGUUCUUUCUGCUUGCCAGAGCGGCCGGUAUAAAGAACUGCCCGGCUGGGUUACACAGGUCCCAGAGGGUGAGAAAAUAGACUCAGAUCCGGAAGCUUGGGCUAGCGGCGGUGGCUCGUGUAUUAUUGGGCCGCUGGGCGACGUUCUUGCUGGACCUAUUUGGAAUGUGAACGAUAACAGUGACCCGGACAGCAGUCUGCAAAUCGUCGAGGUCGACUUUGAGGACUGCCUUCGCGGCCGAUUGGAUCUUGAUCUGGCAGGGAGUUACUCGCGCAACGAUUCAUUUGAACUAAAGGUCAAAGGGUUGGACCUCAACCCUCCUCCUCAGUAG